CUGCUCAGAAAGCUGAAGACUGCCACUCCACCAGCACCUGGCUCCGGGGCCGUGCCCACCCUCCGUGUUGAGAAUGGACAGCAGGGCGCGGAGCUCUUCUAGAGAGGCCCACGGGCGAGGUGGCAGAUCCUCUUCUAGGGAGGACAAGAGGACGAAGGCCGGGAGGGGCAGCGGAGGCCGCACGCGCCCGGAUGCUGGGUCAGAGCGGCGGAGCGCCGGGCGGACGGGGACCCGGGGAGAGCCCCGAGCCUCCGCCGCCACCGCCACCACCGCCACCGUAGUGGACGUGGACGAGGUUCGGGCCUCCGGUGAGGAGGGCACCGAAGUGGUGGCGCUGUUGGAGAGCGAACGACCAGAGGAAGGUGUCAAGUCCUCCGGGUUCGGGGCCUGUGAGUGGCUGCUUGUCCUCGCCUCCCUGCUCUUCAUCAUCCUGACUUUCCCUUUCUCCAUCUGGUUCUGCAUAAAGGUUGUACAAGAGUAUGAAAGAGUAAUUAUAUUCCGACUGGGACAUCUGCUCCCUGGAAGAGCCAAAGGCCCUGGUCUGUUCUUUUUUCUGCCAUGCCUGGACACCUACCACAAGGUUGACCUCCGUCUCCAGACCUUGGAGAUACCUUUCCAUGAGGUGGUAACCAAAGACAUGUUCAUAAUGGAAAUAGACGCCGUCUGCUACUACCGCAUGGAAAACGCCUCCCUUCUCCUGAGCAGUCUCGCUCAUGUGUCCAAAGCCAUCCAGUUCCUGGUGCAAACCACCAUGAAGCGCCUCUUGGCACAUCGAACCCUCACCGAAAUUCUCCUGGAGAGAAAGAGCAUUGCCCAAGAUGUAAAGGUUGCCUUGGAUUCAGUCACCUGUAUUUGGGGCAUCAAAGUGGAAAGAACUGAAAUUAAGGAUGUGAGGCUGCCGGCUGGUCUUCAGCACUCUCUGGCUGUGGAAGCUGAGGCUCAAAGACAGGCCAAAGUGCGGAUGAUUGCUGCAGAAGGGGAAAGGGCUGCUUCGGAGUCCCUGAGGAUGGCAGCUGAGAUUCUGUCGGGCACCCCAGCUGCCGCUCAGCUUCGAUACCUGCACACUCUCCAGUCAUUGUCCACAGAGAAGCCGUCCACUGUGGUUCUACCUUUACCAUUUGACAUGCUAAACCUUCUGUCUUAUCCCAGCAACAGAACACAAGGGAGCAUCAACUACCCAAGUUCAUCCAGACCCGUUGAACCACUAAACCCCAAAAAGAAGGACUCUCCUAUGUUAUAGGAUGGGCAAAACGCAAUGGGAAUCUGCCAUAGAAAACUAUAUCCCCGAGUGAGGCAUUCAGUCCUUCCUGCCCUUGUUUGGUAGCCAAAUAGAAGACAUUUUGGGUGCGUCACAAGAUGCCCAAAUGGAUGAGAACACAGUGUAAUGGCAGUGGCUGAGAAGGUAUCUAACUCAUCGUAGUAAUUAUAGGAAAGAGACUUAGACUUUUGACUCUCUGUGUGGUUCAAGUUUGAUUUCUGAAGACCUAUCUCAGAUAUCUUCCAUUGUGUCUUACCUGGCUCCUGUCACAGGGUCUCUGUGAGCCCCUGUCCAUGUGCUCAUCACCCCGAGUGGUGAGCUGUGCUUUCAGUGCAGCUCUCCCCGCUUCCGGCACUCCUCAGAACUCCCACAGCCUGUGAAGCCCCGCUGCUGGCACUUAACCUGUCAAGUCUACAAUUCCAAACUCUCCCAGAAAAUAGUCCGAAGGCAUAAAGGCUCCAUGGUCGGGCUUGUCAUGGCAACAGCCCUAUUUCCUCAGUCCCAACUCUCUCCUAGUUUAAUUUGUUUUUAUGAUAAAUAUUCCAACAACAGAAACUUCAAGGAGAAAUGGUUUCUUUUAGCUCACGGAUCCAGGUUACAGUCUGACACUGUAGGGAAAUUAAGGCAGGAACUUGAAGCAACUCCUAGUCAUAUCUCCUAGGUGGAGAUGCAGGCAGGAACCUGAAGUAACUGGUCAUAUCACACUCAUGUGCAGAAAGAACUGAAUAUGUGAUGCUUAGUUGCUUGAGUGCAGCUCAGUUUAUCCACUCAUCCAGUUCAGGACUUCCCUUCCUAGGGAAUGGUGUCACUACUACAGGCUGAAUCUUCCCACAUUGACUAAUGCCAGGGUCCAGCCUCUGCUUGGGUUCAGGACCUGAAGUGGGGAAGGGACAUCGGCACAAGGAAAACUUCUGACCACCAGGUAGACUGCUCUCAAGUGGUUCCGAAUCACUCAGGCCUUCUUUGUUUACACUUAGAGUUUUUCUUACCUGGGUUACAUGAACAGCUUUAUUAUCGGCUUCUAUUUUUGACUUUAAGAAAUACAUCACAAUUUAAGGAAUGCAUCAUGUGCUUAUGAAAGCCCUCAUUGUUCCCCUUUAUGCCUCCCCAGAUACACCUUCCCACCCUACAUAACCUUAUUCUAGACAUAGAGUUCAGCGUUUUCCAGGCUUAACUAAACAUGGAGCCAGACACAUCCUGUUCUCACAGCGCUUAUGCCAGUUGGCAGCUACUUGUGGUUACAAAGUUAAAAAGUAAUAGACAUAGGUGCAGGGCUUUCAGGACGACAAUAUUCAAACCAGACAACUCUUUCGGGUCUGCAAGAUAGAUCUUUAUGUAGCUCCCUCUUCUCCAAGAGGGUCUGAUGACUCACUCUCCCUGUAAAAGGCAGACUUUGGCAAGCACUCUUUCCCCUUCUCACUACACCGUGCUUCUUCCUGUGUGUGAUAAAGAUGGAUCUAUCAUCCCACAUUUUGCAUUGUAUUUUUCCCAUUGGAGCAUGCCACAUCCUGCCAUUGAUUCUAUGCUUGGUGUCCAGGGAACUUACUCUCAACAGUUGGCACUAUGUGUAUUUCCAAGGUCUUUUCCCUGUUCUGUAUAUGCAUUUCCAGAACUGUGAGGCAUGGCUAAUGCUCCAAGUUUUGCUUUCUCAUACAUAAAUAACUAUUUCUAUUGAGUCAGAAAAGUUCCCAGGAUUGGGAGUUGUGGUUAGAAAUUCCAGAUAAGAGAUUGGAAAAGCAUUAGUCCUCUUUUGAAUCUUCGGGGAACAUAUUUGAGAAAGAAGAGAAUUUUCAGGGAAAAUUACAGCUAUUGUACGUGUGACUGAGAAAAAGUAAAACUAAAACCACCCAAAGAAUCGCCAGUAUAAUAAGAGAGAAAAGAGCUUGCAAGCUGCAUGACUUUGCAAAUUCCUAUGCUGUCUUGUGGACUACUGGUCCUUGUCAAGCAUGAGUCAGUUUCCACACAUACCUUGCUCCACAGAAACCCAAUGAACAGGUAGUCAUAUACUGAUCCAAGACUAGGCUGCACGGCUCCCGACAGAUUCCCUUAAACAGUCCCUUAUAGUCAUGCCCACAAAACAACCUAAUGUAGAUAAUCCCUCAUUAAUUUUUCUUGGAUUAUUCUGGUUUAUUUCAAGUUGGAAAACAAAGAUAUCCAUCAUAUCUCCAUAGUAAUACCCUGUCUCAAAGCCAACAACAAAAAUAGUCACUUGUGCCAACGUUUCAAAAAGUAACUAAAGCCUAGAGCAGCGGUUCUCAGUCUUCCUAAUGCUACAGCCCUUUAAUACAGGUCCUCAUGUAGUGGUGACCCCCAACCAUAAAAAUAUUUUUGUUAUUA